AUGGAUGAGCUUUACCCUGGGAAAACCACCUUUAUGAUCAUGAUAUCUCCCCUGCCAGCUUGUGCUCUGAGCCAGAUAAAUACAAAGCUGCUGGCAGAAAUGAAGAUGGAAAAGGAUUUCCUUCCUGUUGGAAGAGAAGUUGCUGGAAUUGCGUUAGCUAUUGGAAAUGAAGUAUCAUUCUUUCAACCAGAUGAUGAAGUAGUUGGGAUUUUUCCCUUGGAUUCUGAAGACUCUGGACUUUGUGAAGUUGUCAGAAGGCCGGACAAAGGGACUAGUAUAUACCCCGUCCGAGAACUAAAGGCUCUGCAAUUAAGUAGUUCAGGAAGCCCCGGGAGCUCUGAGGACGAGAGCCUUGACCCGGAGGAGGAGGCGGAGCUAGAUGAGGAAGUAGCGAAGUAUGAGGAAGAAAGAUAUCAUCCAGAUGAUCAUGUACAAGGCAACAAGAGACACCAAAAACAUUCACAUUCUGUGAUGGCCGCUUCACAAGUGGCCCCCUCAGCGUCCCCUCCAUAUGAGGUCCGCCGAGGAUCUUUUUCCCUCCUAUCUGAUAAAGUGCAGAGGAAGUUACGUUCGGCCUUCCCUGUCUUUGAAGGCCUAGAGAACGGGCGGGUAUACGCACCCGUGGAAUAUAACCAAAUAAAGGAAUUAGCAGAGUCAGUCAGAAAGUAUGGCGUCACCGCCAAUUUCACAUUGGCACAAUUGGACAGGCUGGCGAGAGACUCCAUGACACCUACUGAUUGGCAAACAAUAGCCAAGGCCACGCUUAACAGCAUGGGCCAGUUUAUGGAAUGGAAGGCCCUUUGGCAUGAAGCAGCUCAAGAACAAGCCAGGGCCAAUGCUAUAUCUUUGACACCAGAACAGCAAGAAUGGACUUUUGACAUGCUGACAGGGCAGGGACACUAUGCAACCAAUCAAACAAAUUUCCCCUGGGGAGCAUACCAACAAGUCUCAAGCACUGCCAUCAGGGCCUGGAAGGCACUCUCUAGGAAGGGUGAGGGAGGUAACCAAUUAACAAAGAUUAUACAAGGAGCUCAAGAGCCUUUUUCUGACUUUGUGGCUAGGAUGACGGAGGCGGCAGGGCGCAUUUUUGGAGACUCUGAGACAGCCAUGCCUCUUGUCGAACAGCUUGUCUUUGAACAAGCCACUCAGGAAUGCUGUGCCGCCAUUGCCCCUAGAAAAAACAAAGGGAUGCAGGACUGGCUUAGGGUUUGUAGAGAGUUAGGGGGCCCUCUUACCAAUGCAGGGCUGGCAGCAGCCAUUUUACAGUCCCAGAGACGCCCCCCUAAGGGGCCCGAAAAAAGGGUCUGCUUUAACUGCGGAAAGCCCGGACACAUGAAAAGAGACUGUAGAAACAGAGGGCCCACCCCUGCUCUUUGCACCCGCUGCGGCAAGGGCUAUCAUAAGGCAGACCUAUGUCGCUCGGUUAGGGAUUUGAGAGGUAAUGUCCUCCCUCCUAAGGCAACCUUUAUCAAUGAGGAUCCAAAAAACGGGGCAGCGGGCCCAUGGUCCCAGGGCCCACAAAAAUAUGGGAACCGGUUCAUCAAGGCCCCGGAGAAAGCCCCCUUGGGGAUGACACAAGACUGGACUUGCGCGCCUCCUCCGAUUUCUUAUUGAUGCCUCAAAUGGCAGUGCAGCCCAUACCUGCCUGUUUGCCCAUACCAUUUCCUCAAGGGACUGUAGGGCUCCUUCUGGGCCGAGGGUCACUCACCCUGCAAGGAUUGAUUGUUCACCCUGGCAUAAUUGACAAUCAGCGUACCCCUGAGGUUCAGGUUUUGUGCUCUAGCCCUAAAGGCAUAUUUUCUAUCAGUAAAGGGGAUAGGAUAGCUCAGUUGCUACUCCUUCCAAGUACCCACCAGGAAUUUAGAAAUAGGCCGAUGGGAUCCUCGGGUCAGGACUCAGCCUAUUUAGUUGUCAGCCUACAAAAUAGGCCGAAGCUGCUCCUACAGGUUAAUGGUAAGAGUUUUGAAGGCAUCCUAGAUACUGGGGCAGAUAAGAGCAUCAUCUCUUCCCAUUGGUGGCCAAGGUCUUGGCCGAUUACCGAGGCUUCCCAUUCAUUACAGGGUUUGGGUUAUAGUGCCCAUCCCACAAUCAGCUCUUCCGCCCUCACUUGGAAGACGGCGGAAGGGCGGGAGGGAAGAUUCACUCCUUAUGUCCUCCCUUUACCUGUCAACCUAUGGGGACGGGAUGUUAUGCACGACCUCGGGCUUACUCUGUCCAAUGAAUAUUCACCACAAGCAAU